CCAUGCCAUGUCAACAUCGUUUAGGUGUGAAAAUUAAGGUACAGGAUUAUCAUGGGACUAAAAUCUGUGACCCUUAUUCUUGGCUGGAAGAUCCGGACAGUGAACAGACAAAGGCUUUCGUGGAGGCGCAGAACAAGAUCACCGUGCCAUUUCUUGAGCAGUGCCCCAUCCGCGGCUUAUACAAGGAGAGGAUGACGGAGCUGUAUGACUACCCCAAGUAUAGCUGCCACUUCAAGAAAGGAAAACGGUAUUUCUAUUUCUACAACACGGGUUUGCAGAACCAGCGUGUGCUGUACGUGCAGGAGGCCUUGGAGAGCGAGGCCAGAGUGUUCCUGGACCCCAACAUCCUCUCUGACGAUGGCACGGUGGCGCUCCGCGGUUAUGCAUUCAGUGAAGAUGGCGAAUAUUUUGCCUAUGGUCUGAGUGCCAGCGGCUCAGACUGGGUGACAAUCAAGUUCAUGAAAGUGGAUGGUGCCAAAGAGCUUCCUGAUGUGCUGGAAAGAGUGAAGUUCAGCUGUAUGGCCUGGACGCAUGAUGGGAAGGGACUGUUCUACAAUUCAUACCCCCAACAGGAUGGGAAAAGUGAUGGCACGGAGACUUCCACCAAUCUCCACCAGAAGCUCUGCUACCACGUCCUGGGGACCGAGCAGUCAGAGGAUGUUCUGUGUGCUGAGUUUCCUGAUGAGCCUAAGUGGAUGGGUGGAGCGGAGUUAUCCGACGAUGGCCGCUAUGUCCUACUGUCUAUCAGGGAGGGCUGUGAUCCAGUAAACCGGCUCUGGUACUGUGACCUCCAGCAGGAAUCCGAUGGCAUCACUGGAAUUCUGAAGUGGGUAAGGCUGAUCGACAACUUCGAAGGGGAGUACGACUACGUGACCAAUGAAGGGACGGUCUUUACGUUCAAGACCAACCGCCAUUCUCCCAACUACCGCCUGGUCAACAUAGACUUCACGGACCCUGACGAGGCCAAGUGGAAAGUGCUUGUUCCCGAGCACGAGAAAGAUGUCCUGGAAUGGGCAGCUUGCGUCAGGUCCAGCUUCCUGGUCCUGUGCUACCUGCACGACGUGAAGAACGUCCUGCAGCUUCACGACCUGGCCACCGGUGCUCUGCUGAAGACCUUCCCCCUCGAGGUGGGCAGCAUCGUGGGAUACAGUGGGCAGAAGAAGGACACGGAAAUCUUCUACCAGUUUACUUCCUUCUUAUCUCCAGGUAUUAUUUUUCACUGUGAUCUUACCAAAGAGGAACUGGAGCCAAGAGUUUUCCGAGAGGUGCCUGUGAAGGGAAUUGAUGCUUCCGACUACCAGACAAUCCAGGUUUUUUACCCCAGCAAGGACGGUACAAAGAUUCCAAUGUUCAUUGUGCACAAAAAAGGCAUCAAAUUGGAUGGUUCCCACCCUGCUUUCUUGUAUGGCUAUGGCGGCUUCAACAUCUCCAUUACACCCAACUACAGUGUGUCCAGGCUUAUUUUUGUGAGGCAUAUGGGUGGCAUUCUCGCAGUGGCCAACAUCAGAGGAGGUGGCGAAUACGGAGAGACGUGGCAUAAAGGUGGGAUCUUGGCCAACAAACAAAACUGCUUUGAUGACUUCCAGUGUGCUGCCCAGUAUCUUAUAAAGGAAAGCUACACGUCUCCCAAGAGGCUGACAAUUAAUGGAGGUUCCAAUGGAGGCCUGUUAGUGGCUGCGUGUGCAAAUCAGCGUCCUGACCUCUUUGGUUGUGUGAUUGCCCAAGUGGGAGUGAUGGACAUGCUGAAGUUCCACAAGUACACCAUUGGCCAUGCCUGGACCACCGAUUACGGGUGCUCAGACAUCAAGCAGCAAUUUGAGUGGCUGAUCAAGUAUUCUCCGUUGCAUAACGUCAAGUUGCCGGAGGCAGACGAUGUCCAGUACCCGUCCAUGCUUCUCCUCACAGCCGACCACGAUGACCGUGUGGUCCCGCUUCACUCCCUGAAGUUCAUUGCCACUCUCCAGUACAUAGUGGGCCGUAGCCGGAAGCAGAUCAACCCCCUGCUCAUCCACGUGGACACCAAGGCGGGCCAUGGGGCUGGCAAACCCACAGCCAAAGUGAUAGAAGAAGUCUCGGAUAUGUUUGCGUUCAUAGCGCAGUGCCUGAGCAUCGAGUGGAUCCAGUAAAGGGCGUGCUCAGCUCUCCUGCCUGCCACGGACGACUCAAGGGCUCUGCCACGUUACAGCCCAGACACCCCCGCCCACGCUGGACACCCCACGAACACUCUUCUGCACGCAUGGGCUGCGGUGGGGCAGAACUCGUGUGGGAAUUUUAUCUCUUCUUAGGCUUCUUUUUAGCAAGCCCUUGGAGUCCCUUUUCCACCCCUGUCCAGGCACAGGUUUUUAAAAAAGAAAACGGGGAGGGAAUGGGUUUUUUUGAAGGCAUGCUCGAUUAAAUAGCUGAGUGGCAGCCAACACAUUGUGGGUCCUAGAUGGCUGAAGUAAGAGUCAUAGCUGGAUACCUCCUAUAUAACACGUCAGUGGAACUUGCUUCUUUAAUCAUAACCUGUAUAUCUCUAAGUAAGUGUGAGGUCCGUUCUCAUAUGAAAAGACUACUUUGCAACAAUAAUAAAUGCUAUUUAAGAACGAAA